AUGAGGAUCGUUUUAGCUCUAGUGUUUGUCCUAGUUGCACUGGCCGUGGUAGAUGCCAAGUGCAAGGAAUGUAACCGUAACGAAUGUGAAUGUCAUUUGAAAAUCCACCGUGGACCAUCACCACAACCGUUUCCGUUUUUCAAGAAGAAAAAGUGCAAUGUAACUAAGCCGCUUGAAUUCAAGCCGAAACCGGAUGUUUGCUCGUGCGAACAGGAGUACCGCAUUCGACCCCUAGCCCCGGAACAUGUUGAACCCAAGUUUGCAAAAUCAAGAUCAUGUGAAUGCGGUUUCGAACAUCAAUCCGAUCAGCGGAAAAGUAAAUAUCCUGUCGAUUCGGUAAGCCGUCAGAUCGCGAUUGAGUAUGCACAAAUCAAGAGUAUUCCCGAGGCAGAUUUGUACAUGCACGGUAAACCGAUGAAGCCCACGCCUAUGCCCAAACCGGAAGGUAUCCCCGAGGAACGAAUGUUCAAAACCAACAUGCAUGUGCUGGAACUAAAGCCCCCGAAGCGUAAGCGGGUCCGCUGCCGUGUGUGUUCAUCGGAAGAGGAAGAAGGUGCACCUUGCAAUCCGAAGGAUCAAAGCUACUUCGACAUCUGCUAUGGCAAGGUGGAACACAAGGAACGAAAGUUCAACGUACUACCGCAGGACGGACCGGUUUGUGAUCGUUGCCAGGACCGAUCCAGCACCGAGGAAGUGGAAAGCACCGAGGAGGAUUACUCACCCGAGCAACCGGCCAAGCACUGUUCCAAGUGUUUGAAACUGAAGAAGAAAUGUGACUGUCCGUCACAUGAUAGCUACGAACCGGAUACGGAGGAAUAUGAUUGCCCGUUCGCUAAAAAGUAUCGCAAAACUCGCUCAUCCGAUGAUCCCGAACCGGCGCUCGUAGUCUAA